AUGGCAUCAGCUGGGCGCGGCGUGGCCAAGGCCCUUGGUAUCAACGUCGAUUACCGCAAGGAGGCAGACCCUCUCGAGAACUCGGGCGCACUGUCAGUAUCUUCAGUCGACACCUACGUUGAGCGGGAGCCUACUGUCGUCGAGUGGCUCUCCAAGUUCACUCCUUCAUUCACGGCACUCAAGCGCUACUUUCGUAGCUUGUUCCCCUUCAUUGACUGGAUCUUCCACUACAACUUGACAUGGCUCUUCGGCGAUAUUAUCGCUGGCGUAACGGUCGGCUUCGUUGUAAUUCCUCAGGGUAUGGCAUAUGCCUUGUUGGCACAAUUGCCAGCUGAGUAUGGUUUGUACACCAGCUUUGUCGGCUUCAUUCUCUACUGGGCAUUCGCAACAUCCAAGGACAUUACCAUCGGUACUGUAGCUGUGAUGUCUACGAUCGUUGGAAACAUCGUUGUCAAGGUGCGGAAAGAGCAUCCCGAAAUGACGGCUCCCGAGAUCGCGAGGGCUUUAUCCGUCGUUGCUGGCUCCGUUCUGCUCUUCAUCGGUCUUACCCGCCUCGGUCGCAUCGUCGAACUGAUUCCCUUGGUUGCCAUCACUUCGUUUAUGACUGGUGCGGCUAUCAGCAUCGGAGCAGGUCAGGUACCAGCUCUUAUGGGUAUCACUGGUGUGAAUAACCGUGGCCCAACCUACCUCGUCAUCAUCGAUACUCUCAAAGGUCUCCCACAAACGAAGCUGGACGCGGCAAUGGGCUUAAGCGCUCUAGCUCUUCUCUACCUCAUUCGAUUCUUCUGCAACUUCAUGGCAAAGAAGCAACCUUCCAAGAAGAAGCUCUGGUUCUUCAUCAACACUCUGCGUAUGGCUUUCGUCAUCCUCCUGUACAUUAUGAUCAGUUAUGUCGCCAAUCGCCACGUCAAGGACGCAAAGAAAGCCAAGUUCAAGCUCCUAGGCAAGGUUCCUCGUGGUUUCCAACAUGCCGGCGCACCAAAGAUGAAUAACGAAAUCCUGUCCGCUAUCGCUCCUGAUAUCCCUGUCACGAUCAUCGUCUUGAUCCUCGAACACAUCGCUAUCUCAAAAUCAUUCGGCCGCAUCAACAACUACGUCAUCAACCCAUCUCAGGAGCUCGUAGCCGUUGGUUUCACGAACGUGAUUGGACCCUUUCUGGGCGCUUACCCUGCCACCGGUUCCUUCUCACGUACCGCUAUCAAGUCCAAGGCUGGUGUCCGUACGCCUCUCGCUGGUAUCUUUACUGCCAUUAUUGUUCUCUUGGCUUUGUAUGCCCUAACUGCUAUGUUCUUUUAUAUCCCUAUGGCGAGUUUGUCGGCCAUCAUUAUCCACGCUGUUGGUGAUCUCAUCACGCCACCCAACGUCGUGUACCAGUUCUGGGAGACUUCGCCCCUUGAGGUGGUCAUCUUCUUUGCCGGUGUGUUUGUGACUAUCUUUACGAACAUUGAGAAUGGCAUCUACGUCACAAUUGCGGCUUCCUUUGCGUUGUUGCUGUGGCGCCAGCUCUUCACUCACGGCCAGGUGCUGGGCAAGGUCCGCGUCUACCGUGCCACUCCAGAUUCGAUCGCCCGCAAGGAGGACGGCGCCUUUGCUUCCAACGCCCUGAACGCUGCCCGCGAAGCCUAUGUUCCCGUUAACCGUCAAGAUGGCACAAACCCGAACGUCGACAUCGAAUCUCCAUAUCCCGGUAUUCUUAUCUUCCGCUUCAGCGAGGGCUACACAUAUCUCAAUCAGCAGGGCUACAUGGAUGAGUUGGUCAAGCAUGCGCAAACUAUUGCCAGGCCUACAACUCUUGACCGCUAUGCGAAGUUGGGUGAUCGCCCAUGGAACGACCCUGGCCCACGUCGUGGUCAGCAGGUGAACGUGGAUGACAACCGCCCCAUCCUGCGCGCUAUCAUUCUAGAUUUCAGUGCAGUUAACAAUGUUGAUGUCACUUCGGUACAGGGUCUUAUUGAUGUUCGUGCUCAGCUAGACCGCUAUGCUGCUCCUGAGAGCGUUGAGUGGCACUUCGCAUCGAUCAACAGCCGCUGGACCAAGCGUGCUUUGACUACUGCCGGCUUUGGCUACAUCGAUCGCGAGCGCUUUGCAUCUCGCCAACACUGGAACCCAGUGUACAGCUAUGCACCCUUGGACACACCCAGCCCCAAGGCCGGAGACGUCGAGUCUCAGGAUGAGAUUCAGACUGUCGGCGGACAGAAAGGUUUCAGUGGCAAGGUCUCCACACUCCACGGACAAAACAGGCCGUUCUUCCACAUCGAUGUACCGGCUGCCGUUGAGAGUGCGAUUUCCGGUAUUGAGCAGAAGUUGGCGCACGUGAGCACCGAUAGCUCUGAGAAGAACCUUGGUCACACUGAGCUUUCCACAAAGCAAGCAUAGAGACCCUCUGAGCGUAAUGUAUUUGUCUUUGAUAGAUUUUAGUUAUCCUUCACUAUACCACGAUAGCCUUGUAAUAUUUUCUUUCCUGCUCUUGUUCAUAGCCCUGCGUCCCCGUAGCGAACUGCUCGUGAACGUAUCCGUGCUCUCCAGUGAAUGCCUUCUGCUCUUGAUAAGCCCAAUACCGAUAUGUUCGGGACGCCAAUCAUAGCUUGAUGUUC